UUGGUUUUCAGAAUCAUGUACUUAACUGAUCUUACAUUUAACAUAUUUCAGGUGCUUGAGAAUGGUUGGUGGUUAGGUUGUAAAGAUAAGACUGUUGGCUGGUUCCCAGGAACAUUUGUUGAGAUGAUAGACCAGCCUUCAGCAAGUCCUUCACCCUCACCAGCCAGUUCAAACCGGUCACCUUCCCAGAGUCCCGUCCCAAGUGAAGAUACUCAGCUUCUGCCUGACAACAUUUCCAAUAACCAACAACAAUCUGAUGUAAAACCAGCAUCCCAAUCGAAACUGAAACCUGUUAGAAAAGCGCCAGCUCCACCAACACCAAAGACUCCUAAAUCACCAGAAUCUCAAGUAACAGAUGGUCAUGAACCUAAUGUAGAGAAAAAACCUGAAUCUAGGUUACCAACUCCAGGAGGAUCAAGACUUCCUAAAUUGUCACGUCCAAAAGUUGCCCCACCAUUACCACCCACCAAACAUACUCCUGAUCAUCAUGAUCCUCUUUAUGACAUUAUUGACAAAAAUGAUCAUAUUAAUGAUGUGAAUAAAAACAUAUCAGAAAAACAUGUGCCAAAUGAUAUCAAUAGUGAUCAAACUAAACAGAAUGGACCAACAUCAGAUGGAUUAUAUGAGUUGAUUAGACAACCAGACAAUAAUUCUAAUGAUGUUUCUACUCCAAAAAGAGACAAAAUCAAACCACCUGUGCCAAAAAGAUAUAUAAAACCAAAAUUAGUGACUGUUCCAAAAACUGAAGUUCAAAUGCCAAAUAAAGAUACUCUUACUAAGGGAUUAGUCAAUGGUGAUGUGAUGAGAUUAAGGUCCCCGCCACCACCUCGGCCGAUGGCCCCUAAACUUGGACCAAUAAGGGCAAAACUCACUGAACCUAAACCUUUAGAGGACCAGAUUCCAAGUGAGGAGGAAGAUACAUUUUUCAAUGUGACUCCUCAAAGGAAGUUUGACGCUUUUGUUUGUCAGGAUUUAAAUGAACAGGUGGCAGAGGAGGAGGCACCAUACCAGAGUCUGUCAAGUUUUGGAUCCUUUGGUGUGUCAUCAUUUGGAAAGCCGAAAGAGAAUAAAACUUUACAUCAGGGUGGAAAACCGAAUAAUCAUCAGCAGAAAGAAGAUCAGAUCAAUUAUGAUAAAUCUAAACCACUAAAUGUUCAGGUUAACAAUGAAAAAGUAAGUAAAUUUGGAAUUAAUGAAGAAGCAAUGCCUAAUGAUGACAGAAAAACAGAAAUAAAAAGCAUUGAAGCUAAAGUUAAUGAUGUACCAAAUGAAACAACUAAUGAACAAAAAGAUUUGUCAGUAAAUAAUACUGCAGAAAAUCAACCAAAAGCCAAAGCAGGGAUACCUGUAACGCCAAAAAUGAAAGCCUCACGUUUAGCUCCUCCUAAACCAGUUUCUGCUAAAACAAGUGAUACUCGUAUUGAAGCAGAUUCAGAUAAAACUGCCAGUUCACCUGAAAAGCCCUCAAAGCUACAGAAACCUUCAAAACUUGUCCCUAGUUCAAAGAUUCCUUUGUCUCCAAACGAAAGCCCAAAGAAAAAGGUUGAAGACUCUGAUAUAUUCCAGUAUCCAGACAGUUCUUAUUGUACUGGUAAUUCAACAAAAAAUACUAAUAGUAAUGAUGAACAUGUUCAAAGAAAUAAACCAAAAAGUGAAAAUGCAGAGCAGAGGCAAAGAACUGAAAGUGUGGAGAAAAAGCCACAGAGUGAAGUUACGGAAAACCAACAAAACAUGGAUGGUUUUGAGAACAGGCAGAGAACUGAAAGUCUGGAGAAAAGACCACACAAUGAAAGUGUUGAAAAUACACCAAAGACAGAUAGUGUUGAAAAUAGGCAUAGGACAGAUAGCUUGGAAAACAGAGCCAGAACAGACAGUUUCGGAAAACCUCCAGUUGCCCCAAAGCCAAAGUCAGGGUUACCAAAACUGGCAAAACCUAAAACAAUUAUUAAAAGCAAGGAAGAGCCAGCUGAAGACACAGUGCAUGGAAAAUCUCCAACUGGGGAGGACAAAUCUGUAGUAAGUAGUGGAAAAUCUCCACCUAAUGAUGGAAAUUCCCCAGCACAGGUUGGAAAAUCCAGAAAAAAUGAUGUUGAAAUUAAACCUACAGCAUCACCAAUCACACCCGAGACUAGAACAAGGCUUAGUGAAUCUGAAAGUGAUACUGAUAACAAAAUUGUUGAUGAUAAAACUAAAUCUGUUACUGGUAGUAAAUUACCUCUAGGUAGUGCUAAAACCAAUCAAUCACCAAAAAUGAGAGGGAGAAAGUCUAACAUACCCAGCCCAGGAAUAAGAAACAAAAGUUUAGAUAGAAGUGAUAAAACUGUUAGUGAUCGCAAGUUAUCUGAAAGUGACAAUGAUGGACCAAUGUCACCAAGUGUGAAUCUCAGACAAAAACCAGAGAGUCCAGGGUCUACGAGGAAAGCACCUUCAAAGCAGUUAGGUUCUGUAGAAAAGCAGAGUCUAAGAAAUCGUUCUAACAGUCCAGCUGGACAAUCAGGCAUUCCAACUAAAAUGAGAAAUCGUUCAAAUAGCCCUGCGCCAAAACCGGCUGGAAUUCCAGUUGCUGUGACCAACAGUCCUGCAUCAAAAUCAACACCAAAAAAUAAACAGAGAGGGCUGGUACCUCCAAAAAAGAUUCUUAAUGGCCAAGACUCUCCUGUAGAUAAUAAAAAUCUUGGUUCCAGCAAACAGCCAGAAUCGCCAGGUUUAAAUUCUGUAAUGGAUGAUGGGAAUGAUCCAGAAUCUGAUAGCACCAGUCCAAAACCAGACAGACCGUCUAAACCACCAAGGGUCCAGAAACAGAAAAGCCAGGAUAGUAAACUACCCAAGCAUGGGAAAAGUCUUCUUCCUGUUAUCCAUAAAGCAAUGGAAACAGGUAGUGGCUCUCCUAAUGGGGUUUCCCAGACUACUCCAGGGACCAAACCAAAAAGGGGAAUUCCAGUGGCAAAACCAGCCAGACCAGCAGGACCAAAGACACCACCUGCUGAUCAAGGAGAGGAAAUUAAGAGGACAUUGUACCAAGCUGUAAGAGGAUAUACAGCGGAGAUAGACGGGGAGCUGACGUUCUCUGAGGGAACAUUUGUCAAGGAACUCAGUGAUUGUGACCGACCAGGCUGGUUUGUUGGAAUGUUAGCCGAUGGUACAACUGGUCUUUAUCCAGCUGAUCACUUCAAACCCAGCCCUCUGAGCGCUCAGAGUGAGGCUUGAACCCAUCAGGUCUUGAUCAGGGUUAAUUGAAGUGGUGCCUGCUGCUGUUAGUUUUCAAAGGACUUACCAUUGUAAAUGUUCAUCAAUGUUCUUUAUACAGUAUGCUGUUUUAUACUCAAAGUGAAGCUUGAACACAUUGGCUUUGGAUCUAAAAUCAAGGAUUACAGAUUAUCUUUGUUUCUGUUUGUUGCCUUGAGUUAGGAGGAUUACCACCAGUGUGAAAUUUCAUCAAUAUUCAAACAUUUAUAUUUCAGUAAUAUGAAAGAAUCACUCAAUUGUUCUUUAAAAGAGUUUUACUAUGUUUUUUGUUGAGCUGAUAUCUACAAUAUUUUACAAUUACCAUCAGAUAUAAUAGUACUCAUACAUUGAUAAUGUCUUUUAUUGUUAAUGUAAAAAUGUUUUAUGUGAGGUUUUUUCUUCUGUGCAAUUGUUGAAUUCUGUGCAACUUGUCUGCCUUUGUUCAUUUAUUUGAUAUUCUAUUAUAUAUGUUAUGUUAAGUAAUGCUCUAAUAAAUCUAGUUUACCUUAUAGGUUUGAAUUACUGUAAGCUAUGGGAAAUUUUCCAGAAAGUUUCUUCCAAAAUCUUGCUUUUAUCAGUUUGUUUUUUAGCUCACCUGUCACAAAGUGACAAGGUGAGCUUUUGUGAUCACGCAGCGUCCGUCGUCCGUCCGUGCGUUUGUCCGUCCGUGCGUGCGUAAACUUUUGCUUGUGACCACUCUAGAGGUCACAUUUUUCAUGGGAUCUUUAUGAAAAUUGGUCAGAAUGUUCAGCUUGAUGAUAUCUAGGUCAAGUUCGAAACUGGGUCACGUGCAGUCAAAAACUAGGUCAGUAGGUCUAAAAAUAGAAAAACCUUGUGACCUCUCUAGAGGCCAUAUAUUUCACAAGAUCUUCAUGAAAAUUGGUCAAAAUGUUCACCUUGAUGAUAUCUAGGUCAAGUUCGAAACUGGGUCACGUGACUUCAAAAACUAGGUCAGUAGGUCAAAUAAUAGAAAAACCUUGUGACCUCUCUAAAGGCCAUAUUUUUCAUGGGAUCUGUAUGAAAGUUAGUCUGAAUGUUCAUCUUGAUGAUAUCUAGGUCAAGUUCGAAACUGGGUCACGUGCGGUCAAAAACUAGGUCAGUAGGUCUAAAAAUAGAAAAACCUUAUGACCUCUGUAGAGGCCAUCCUUAUGAAUAGAUCUUCAUAAAAAUUGGUCAGAAUGUUCACCUUGAUUAUAUCUAGGUCAAGUUCGAAAGUGGGUCACGUGUUUUCAAAAAGUAGGUCAGUAGGUCAAAUAAUAAAAAAACCUUGUGACCUCUCUAGAGGCCAUAUUUUUCAUGGGAUCUGUAUGAAAGUUGGUCUGAAUGUUCAUCUUGAUGAUAUCUAGGUCAGGUUUGAAACUGGGUCAACUGCAGUCAAAAACGAGGUCAGUAGGUCUAAAAAUAGAAAAAUCUUGUGACCUCUCUAGAGACCAUACUUUUCAAUGGAUCUUCAAUAAAAUUAGUCAGAAUGUUCAC